AUGGCUUUGCUAGAUUGUGAAUUCACUGGGGUACCAAAACCUAAAAUAGAUUGGCAACAUUUGAAACCAGAUGGUCACCUAGUAACUCUUACAGAGGGCGUCAUUACUGCUGAUAACUCCAGUAUAUUAACCGUUAAUAAUCCGACAUUCCUAGAUUCAGGUUUAUAUACCUGUAUAGCUACUAACAGAUAUGAAUCUCAAUCAACUACAGGUGUGCUGAACGUUACAGCCCCACCAAUUAUAUUGACUCCACCUAAAAACCAGUCAGUUAUCAAAGGAAUUGAUCUAACCCUCCAUUGUAUUGUUAUCAGUGACCCAUUAGCUUACAUAACAUGGGUAUUUCCAGAUGUUUCAGGACAUAAACCGUUCAACGCCUUUAAUAAUGAUGAUGGAUCUGUAACAAUAAAGGACGUUGAACAGUUAAAUGAAGGAAGUUAUACCUGUACGGCUACCAAUCGUCUAGGCCGUGUUUCAGCUUCAGCAACUCUAACAGUUUUAGAACCUGUCACAGCGACGAUAGCCUUUCCACUACAGUCCUUAACAAAUUCCAGAUUUGUAGCUUUGGAUUGUAGAGCUUCUGGAGACCCAAUACCUGCUAUAAAAUGGGAUAAAAUAGGGGUCACUCUGGACAGAACAGAAACAAGAUAUAUCUUCUUACAAAAUGGCGAUUUUAUCAUAAGCAGUAUUACAAAGGAUACCGAAGAAAAAGAUUCUGGUUUCUAUUCCUGUACAGCAGACAACAACCUCAGUAAUGCCACGGCUUAUGCUAUUGUAUAUUUUGAUCAUGGUGAUGUAGAUUGCAAUACUACCUUUGAUAACUGGAAUUCAGGCAUCGGCGCUGCGCAUGGGGUGGUGUGUCCCCAAGGUUGUUUAGCAAUGAAUAAUGAUGAUGUUUAUGGUAGCAAUCCUUACAGUGUGAACUCUCCGAUCUGUUCUGCUGCUUUACAUAACGGUGUAACAGAUAAUGCUUUGGGCGGUUUAGUAUUAUGGUAUGUAGUUGAUGGUAGAUCGAGUAUAUUCAGUAGUUCAACAAGUAAUGGUAUAUCAUCUUUAUCUUCUGGGCCUCUGUUUGAAGGUGCUAUGAUUGUAGAGCGUGAUAGUGGUCUUUAUAAAUCUGAAACCACCAAAGUUCCGGUUAUAGGUUAAUUGUCAUAGUUCUACAUUAUUUUUCGUUCAUAUUCCUGAAC